AUGUUUGGGUUCUUCUGCACGACAUUUAUGCGUAUGCAUCUGGCAAUAACAAUGACGUGCAUGGUUAAUUCAACCGCCCUGAUACUUGAAUCAACAUUAGAAUCGGAUCUAAUGAAUGGGACAUUAAUUGAAGAAGUCAAGGCUGUUUCAGAUGGAGUUUGUGAUGUACAAGAUGGAAAUAAUUUAAAAAAAGUGAUUGUUGAUUACGGUGGAGAACUUGUUUGGACCAAUCAGGAACAGAAUUUGAUCUUCUCCGGAACAUUUUGGGGCUCCAUUAUUACUGUUCUUCCAUCAAUGUUUUUCAUUAAUCGUCAUUCACCGAGAUUAGUUCUUCAAGCAGCGAUCGCUGUUUAUAUCGGGAUGACUAUACUGACACCUUAUCUAGCCUUAAACUACGGGCCGUAUCCAGUGUUUGCUUCGAGAUUUAUUAUGGGACUUGGUGAAGGAUUUAUUUUGCCAACAAACAAUGCUCUUUUAGCGAAUUGGUUUCCAAGCGCCGAAAGAAGUACUGCAAUUUCUCUUUUCACUACAGGAAAUCAAUUAGCAGGAGCUGGAGGUAAUCCAAUUGCCGCAUCACUAUGUGCUUCCUCUUAUGGAUGGGAAUCGGUUUUCUAUUUUAUCGGAGGAAUCUCAAUUAUUUGGUCAGUGAUUUGGACAGCAACAUCGUCAAAUCAGCCGUCGAAAUGUAAAACUAUGAACAAAAUCGAACGUCAAUACUUAGAAGCAAAUGUGAUUCGAAGAAGCAAUAAAACACAGAAGGAUCAAAAUGUUCCCUAUGGAAAAAUUCUGCGAUCUCCAGCUUUCUGGGCUCAACUUCAAUGCCAGUUCGUGAUUAAUUCUGUUGUAACUUUGUUCCAAAUAUACCUUCCAUCAUAUUUCAAGGAUGUUCUGCAUCUCGGAGUAAUUGCAAAUGGAACAUAUACGUCUGUACCAAACAUCGUCAAUUUCGCAAUAAAAAUUGUAUGGAGUAUUCUCAUUGAUAGAGCAAAAGAGAAAAAGAAAAUUAAUCCAACAGUAGCUGUGAAAUUGUCGCAAAGUGUUGCAAACUUCGGUGCUGCAACGGCCCUAAUAUGCAUUGCAUUCUUCGUGGAUUGUACAAAUCCCACGCUCGCAUUCAUCAUUUUCUGUUUCAUGUAUGGAUGUAUGGGAACGUUCGUAAGCGGUUUCUACACUUCAUUGCUCUCAUUAGCACCAAGAUAUACCGCUACUAUGUCUUCGAUAUCAGUGUUUUGCGCGAUGAUGGGUAGAUUAUUAACUCCGGCAAUUGUGGGAUUAAUUAAAAAAGAGGGAAAUCUGGCGGAGUGGCAAAUGCUCUUUUUAUUGUCAGCUUUUGCGAAUGUAAUGUGUGGUGUCAUAUUUCUGAUUUUCGGAUCAGGAGAAUUACAAGAUUGGGGUAAAGAAGAUGAGGAAAAAGAAAUGCAGAAAAUCGAAGAAAAACAGAAUCUCAAAGACGAAAAUGUUGUUGAAAAUGAGACUUUCGAAACGCCAGAAAUCGUUAUAAACGAAAUAACGUUAACCACCGAAGAAAGAGAAGAGUUCAAACGGCGAAUUCGUGAAGAUUCGAUUUAUGAGCAUUGGUUUUAUUCUUUAACAGCGGUUUUAUGCAUUUCCGCGGCGCCCUGUGUUUUACUUUUCUUUAUUCCCGCUCAACAUGCAAACGGAGCACUUUUAAACAUUCUAUUGGCGUUUGGAGCUGGAGGUCUCCUUGGAGAUGCAAUUCUUCACAUUAUUCCGCACGCUCUUCACGGUCAUGAACAUCAACACAACGAAAUCGACGAACACAAUCAUACAAGCGAGUUGAAAGUAGGAGUUUUUGUUAUUCUGGGAUUGCUCGUAUUUAUGAUGAUUGAAUUAAUCGUCCGAAUAAUUAAAAAUGAUGAUCAUCAUAAUCACGCGCACGAAAUGGUGCAUCUUAAUCAAACAAAAGACAAUACCGAUGAAAAAGAACAGAAGCCAGAGAAUAUAAAAGUAACAGCUUAUUUGAAUCUCGCCGCAGAUUUUAUUCAUAACUUGACAGAUGGUUUGGCAAUCGGAGCUUCGUUUUCAAUCGGAACAACAACUGGGUUGCUAACAACUUCGACAGUAUUCCUUCACGAACUACCACACGAAGUCGGGGAUUUUGCGAUACUAGUACAAGCUGGAUUUUCGAAAUGGGAGGCUAUUCGACUGCAAUUGGUCACUGCUCUUGGUGCUGUUACUGGAUGUCUAAUAGCUCUUCUUGUUUCUGAUCCCGGACAAAUUGCUAGUGGCACACAUACAAGCUGGAUAAUGCCAUUUACAGCUGGAGGGUUCAUCUAUAUCGCAACGGUGUCCGUCAUUCCUGAGCUUCUUGAAAUAAAGUCUUCAAAUAGCUGUCGAUAUAUGUUGUUCAUCCAAUCGCUGGCGAAUAUCUUUUUUAUAUGCCUUGGAGUUGCAAUGAUGUAUUGUAUUGCGAUUUUCGAAUGA